UAAUCAUUAAUUCGUUUGGUACUACAAAUGUGUUUGCACAGCGUACCUGGUGAAAUGAAAAGUAGAGCAAAGCGCAACUGCAAAAUUGCGGUAAAUUCUCUAGACACAUUUCAGUGGGCGACUUUGAGUUGGCAGAGUUGAUGUUUUCGUGUAGUUUUCUCAUUUUUGUUGUGAAAUGUUGGGUCGCCGCCAGAGUUAUGAAAUGGAAACGGACAUGGAGAGCAACAAUAAGAUGUGCAUCGAUUUGACAGCAAAAAAGUCGCACAAUUCGAUCGCCAAAGGAUUGACAUUAACAUAUCAGGAUUAUUGCCAACACACCUCGAUACAUGGAGUGCAAUAUCUGGGUGAAAAAGAGCGACCGAUCAAGGAACGUGUCUUCUGGCUGGUCGUAUUUGUGGUAUCCAUCUAUUGUUGUGCCCGCUUGAUAAACAACGCCUACACCAAAUGGGAUGCAACACCGGUGAUUGUGAGUUUCGCUGAGCGUUCGACGCCCGUUUGGAAUAUUCCCUUCCCCGCCGUCACCAUUUGUUCGGAGACGAAACGUGUGCUGAAGAAGAGCGGCGAUCACAAUUCGUAUGCUAAUUUGUACAAUCAAUUUACGGCCGCCAUGCAUACCACACGCAUCUUUAAGCCACAGAAUAUUACGGCCAAGGAAAUGGAAGAAUUUCGCACAUUGUUGCAUGUCUGCAACACGAAAAUCCUGCAACAGGAUACACCCUUAAUACCGGGCGAAGAAUUCGAUUACUUUGAGGUGCUCGAUCGCAUGUUGCCGCCCUUCGAACGGUAUUUCUUCUACUGCCGAUGGCUGAGUCGCUACAAUGAGUGCGACAAAUACUUUCACAAAACACUCACCGAGGAGGGAAUUUGCUAUACGUUCAAUGGUCUACCUCCCACGGAGAUUUAUCGCGAGAACACCUAUCAGUAUCAUCGCAGUGCUGCCGAGAAUUUCACCCAGUCUUCGUGGAGCCUGGAGACGGGCUACGAUGCCAGCAGCGAUGUGGAAACAUUUCCAGCCCGUGUCCUCAGCGCUGGCGCAAGAUCGGGCAUAUUCAUGGCACUGCAGAGCUUCAAGCAGGAGGUGGACUAUGCGUGUCGUGGCCCCGUGCAGGGAUUCAAGGUCCUGUUGCAUGCCCCCGACGAUGUGCCGCAGGUGUCGAAACAAUUUGUGCGCAUUCCGAUGGGUCGCGAGGUGCUGAUUGCGGUCAAACCGAAUAUGAUAACGACAUCGACGGGCAUUGCCGAAUAUCAUCCGCAGCGACGCCAAUGCUUUCUGAGUCACGAGCGAUUGUUGCGCUUCUUCAAGAUCUACUCCGAGUCCAAUUGCCAGCUGGAGUGUCUGGCGAAUUUCACGCUCAGCAAAUGCGGCUGCGUCAAGUUCUCGAUGCCACGAAGCCUCGAGAUGCCCGUCUGCGGUGAGGAGAAGAUCCAUUGCUAUGAACGUGCCGAACGCGAUCAGUUGGUCCAUGAGUUUCAAAGGGUUCGCCUCCUAAAUGGAGGCGACACUGAGGAGCCGCAAGGUGGGGCACAGUCCGCUUGCAAUUGUCUGCCCGCGUGCACAUCGUUGGUGUACAACACGGAAAUCUCGCAGGCCAACUUUGAUCUGGAGGAGAUGCUGGCCGCCGAGGGCGAUACGGAAUUUAUGCGCGAAUAUCCGGGAUCACAGAUGUCGCGUCUGUCGAUCUACUUCAAGCAGAGUCAGUUUAUCACCUCGAAGCGUUCCGAGUUGUAUGGCAUCACGGACUUUUUGGCCAAUUGCGGCGGCAUCUUUGGCCUCUUUAUGGGUUUCUCCAUACUGAGCUUGGUUGAGCUAUUGUAUCACUUUACAUUGCGUUUCGGUGCCAAUCUGAAACAUUUGUUCAAAGUGAAUUUAUAAUUCAGUCUUCAUUCAUUGGCUGUUCCUUCGCAACUUGAAUGUUGCGCACGGCAAACAGCUUAAAUUUUCCACACUUUUUUAUUUCCAUUCAUUGCUAAUUUUAAGCUUAUUAUUUGUUAAUUUGAAUUGUUAUGGAAAUGUUCAUUUAAAACAUGUUCAAUUUCCUGCUUUCUUUAUGUAUUUUAAGUCUUCGAAAGUUUGUUUUAGUUUUUGUUGUCUUUUUUUACACAAAUAUAUUUAUUCGCAAUUGUUUAUUUAAACUU